AUGUUUCCUCGAAAAUGGAAGCGUGUUUCUAAAGGAACUCAUAGCCGACUGUCUUACCUGAUCAAGAGAUUUACAAGCCGAGUGGUUGAUGAUGAAGAGAAUGCUUACAAUGAUAUCGUGUUAUCUGCUCGGGUAAGUAAUCACAGUGGUUUCCUCAAACUCAUUGGUUCUUGUCUCGAAUUUCCUCAUCCUGUGUUGUUAUUUGAAGACCUAGAAUAUAGACCUUUGAACCAUCUAGGAAGUCUUGGUCAUGAGGUCGAGCCUGUGUUGCCGUGGAAUGUACGUUUGAAAAUUGCCAAGGAGGUCGCGGUUGCUAUAACUUAUCUUCACACUGCUUUCCCUAGAAUCAUUAUACACCGAGAUAUCAAGCCUACGAAUGUUUUCUUGGAUAAGAAUGGGACUGCUAAGCUCAGUGAUUUCUCCCUUGCCGUUGCACUCCCUGAGGGUAAAACGUGGAAGUUAGAGCGGGUGUUUGGAACUUUUGUAUACAUAGAUCCUAUUUAUCAGUUGACGAGCAUAGUGACAAAAUACGUAGAUGUAUUCAGCUUUGGAAUUUUUAUGCUGGUCCUUCUGCUGGGAAGACUACCACUUAUGGCUGGAUCACAUGGUUACAUGGAUAAUGGUACUAGUAUUCUUGACCAUGUGAAGGGUUUGCGAGAGAGAGGAGAACAUGUUGAAUUUGGGGGUGAUUUGAACAACAUGAGGCCUAUUGAGAUGAAAAUGCUUCUCGACCUGGCACUCGAAUGCUGCAAGGAGAGGAAAAAAGACAGGCCAAAGAUGAUUGUGGUUGCAAAACAGAUUAAGCUUAUAGAAAGAUACUCUAUUGUCUUAUCUGCUCGGGUAAGUAAAUACAUUGGUUUCCCCAAACUCACGGUAUGUUCCCUUGAAGACUUAGAAUAUAGAGCUUUGAACAUAAGAGGAAGUCUUGGUUCCGAGGACGCGCCGGUAUUGCCUUGGAGUGCAAGACUGAAGAUUGCAAAGGAGGUUGCGACUGCUAUAACUUAUCUUCACACUGCUUACCCUAGAAUCAUUAUACAUCGAGAUAUCAAGGCAACAAAUGUUUCUUUGGAUAAGAAUGGGAGGGCUAAGCUCACUAAUUUCUCCCUUACCAUUUCACUCCCCGAGGGUAAGACGUGGAUUGAAGAUAGUGUGACUGGAACUCCUGGAUACUUAGAUCCUCUUUAUUACUUGACAGAGAUAGUGUCGGAAUACACUGAUGUCUACAGUUUUGGAAUUUUUAUGCUGGUUCUUCUGCUGGGAAGACAACCACUUCUUGCUGGAUCAGAUGGUUAUGUAGAAAUUGGUUCUCAUAUUCUUGAUUAUGUGAAGCAUCUGCGAGAGAGAGGAGAACAUGUUGAAUUUGGGGGUGAUUCGACCGACAUGAGGCCUAUUGAGAUGAAAAUGCUUCUCGACCUGGCACUCGAAUGCUGCAAGGUGAGAAAAGAAGACGGGCCAAAGAUGAUCGUGGUUGAAAAAGAGAUUAAGCUUAUAGAAAGAUACUCGAUUGUUAAAAACUUAUGAUUAUGGGACUGCCAGAAAAUUUGUGAGAGCAUGCUCAUACUAAGGUUGUGUAUUGUGUACUAUUGAUGUCCCAUUUCUUAUCAUUAAUACUAUGUACGAUUUAAUUUCCGCGAAAAACUUUCAUUUUGAUAAUAGAGUUCUAAAAGCAGGCAGAACAUGUGACAUGGUUCUCAUUUUCAGAUAAGUUAGAUGUUGAAGUUAGAUCUAAAAGCAGGAAACAUAGUUUCCCAAAACUUGCUUGAAUUGAUUUUGUUGAAUUUUCUAAAAUUAUUUUGUUGAAUUUUCUAAAAUUCAGAAUUGGACUACCACACAGAAGUUUGAUGUUGAUCACUCAAAUUCCACAUGCAGAAGAGUAGGUUUCUAUAUACUAAAAAAGUUGAUUCUGAAACUAC